AGUAAAUGUGUCUCAUCAGAAUCUGAAUUUUUAAAGCAUUUGAAUUUCUAACACUGAAUUUUUUAACACCGAAAUUAUAAAUUUGAAUUUUUUUUUCACCAAAUUCAAAGCACUGAAAUUUCAGUCUCUCAUUUUCACAGUCUAUUUUUCAAUGUAAAAGAAAUUCAGAAUAUAAAAAUCAGGUGUAAAAAAUUCGAUGACUGUAUCUGCCUGUUCUCAAAUUCGGUGCCUCAACUGCGGUGUCUGAAAUUCGCUGUCUUAAAUUCAGAUGCAACAUCCGGGUAACUAAAAGUCACAAGGAUAAGCAAUCAAGUCGGAGUUAACUCCAACCAACUUCCAGCCAAUUGCGUUGCGAUAAUGGGUCACGUGACGUAACAGCGGCACUUGGACAUGUAAACAUUGGAGUUAUGGCGGCUAACCCUACUGACCGCACCUCGGACAGUCGGGCGGAAAUUGUACAGUCAGCCAGGCGCUUACUGCAUUUACUUACAGAAAGACACCCAGGCGCAGCCAGUGAUGAAGCUACCAGUCACGAUAUGGGAGUACAGCAGCAGGGAGGUGGCAGUUCAACCGCUGGCCGAUCAUCAUCACUUCAAAUGGAAAUGACCAGAUCCUUUCCAGGCAUUUUUACAAAAGGCAGAGGAAAAAGACGCUUCCCUGCAACAACGCUUAUUCCUGGCAAGAAACUAAAGCCACUUGAAGUCUCUUUCUACUUGUUGCCAAAGCAAUUUGACAAAUCACCAACUGAACAGGAGAAACUGAUCCAUAUGCAGGCAGGGUUGGGUCCAAGGACUGCUCAUAUAGAUGAGAGCACAACACACGAAGAGUUAUGUGAUGCCCUCAAAAUUCUGUAUCCAAAAUUGGGAACCAUAACUGGUGGGUGGCUACUGUAUAAAUCGUCAGGUGGAUGGGGUAGCCGAAAACUUUCUCUUGUGUCACCUGAUCACAGUGGAUAUAUAGGUAGACUUUUAAAGGCUGCAAGUCGUGGAGGUAAAAAUCUGUACAUAGCUCCCAUUCAAGAAGAGCUAAACACAAGUCCCCUACAACUAAAUGAUGAAACAUUCAGUAGCAUGGCCAAAGCUAUGUGCCACAAGUGUAGAGUAGAUGUUCCCCUGCAGCUUCUUAAGGAUCACAUCAGCUCUUGUGAAGUAAUUGAUGUCAACAGCAACAAUGACCUGCCUGAUUCGGACAGUCAUCCUCCAGAGAAUUCUAUGCAGUCAUGUCCGGUUUGUAUGGAGAUGUUUUCCAUUUACUCCAUUGAGGAACAUGCAUCUACAUGUGGGGAAAGUUCACCAAUUGAAUUGACAUCUGGAAAUACCGUCAGUGAGGAAGAUCAAGCAACAGAUCCAGGACCCUCCAGAACUUGUGCAAAUAUUACUGAAGACUGGUCAACUGUCAGUGACCCAGCAGUGGCUGCAUCUCAAUGUGCUGAUCAUUUCCUCCGUAUUCAUGCAAUGGAGAGUCCCUUAACUCUCAGCAUGGACAUAAGAAAACGUCCUGCUGAACAGGACAUGGCCCUCAUCUCGUUUUACAAACAAACCAAUGUGGAAUGGGCCCGUCCCCUGAAGUGCAAACUCGAAGGAGAUGCUGCUAUUGGGAAUGGUGUAACUCGUUUCUUUUUCUCAACAUGCAUGGAGAAACUGAAGUCUGGGUUUCACAUCAAUUUUGUACUUCUCAAGCUCCUUCAGGUUGAAUGGGAGACGUCUAUGCACAGCCAUUUUCAGAUCUCUCCAGAGAUGUUCAAUCGGAUUCAAGUCUGGACUCUGGCUGGGCCACUCCAGGACAUUCACAGAGUGGUUCUGAAGCCACUCCUUUGAGAUCUUGGCUGUGCUUUGGUUCAUUGUCCUGCUGAAAAAUGAACCGUCGCCCCAGUCUGAGAUCUGGAGCGCUGUGGAACAGGUUUUCAUCCAGGAUGUCUCUGUAUAUUUCUACGGUCAUCUUCCCUUCUAUCCUGACUAGUCUGCCAGUUCCUGCUGCUGAAAAACAUCCCCAUAGCAUGAUGCUGCCACCACCAUGCUUCACUGUAGGGAUGGUAUUGGCCUGGUGAUGAGCGGUGCCUGGUUUCCUCCAAACAUGACGCCUGGCAUUCACACCAAAGAGUUCAAGCUUUGUCUCAUCAGACCAGAGAAUUUUGUUUCUCGUGGUCUGAGAGUCAUUCAGGUGCCUUUUGGCAAACUCAAGACGG